AUGGCUCCACGCUCUUCGCGCGCGAAUGGCAACGACACGGAUACGUCGAUGGCAGAUGCUUCAGAACCUACGAGACAGCUUCCUACAGAUCAAAUGGAAGUUGAUGAAACCCCAGAUUACACAGAGGACUCGGAUACCAACCCCAAUACCACCGCAAGCAGCGUUGCUGGUGAGGCUCUCAAUGCUGACGGCCGAAAACGAAGAUCGGAGGCAACUCAACUACGCCGAAGUGUCUUUGGCAAGAAACAUGACCGUCUCGGCGAAUCAAAAGAAGAUGACUCUAUUCGACGAUUCCGAUAUCUGCUUGGACUAACAGACCUGUUCCGACAUUUUAUUGAGACCAAUCCCAACCCCCGCAUUCAAGAAAUCAUGCACGAGAUUGAUCGCCAAAAUGAGGAGGCUGAGAAGACUAAAAAGUCGCGCAGUAGACAGGGUGGCGCCGCAGAACGACGUCGACGAACCGAGGCAGAGGAAGACGCAGAGCUAUUGAAGGAUGAGAAAUCUGGAGGCUCUGCUGAGACAGUUUUCAGAGAAUCCCCUGGCUUUAUCAAUGGCACAAUGCGGGACUACCAAGUUGCGGGUCUGAAUUGGCUCAUUUCCCUACACGAGAACGGCAUCUCUGGUAUCCUAGCAGAUGAAAUGGGAUUGGGCAAAACCCUACAAACUAUUUCAUUCCUUGGUUAUCUGAGGCACAUAAUGGGUAUCACAGGCCCGCAUCUUGUUACUGUUCCUAAGUCUACACUUGACAAUUGGAAGAGAGAAUUUGCCAAAUGGACCCCGGAGGUCAAUGUAUUGGUCCUCCAAGGCGGAAAGGAUGAGCGACAUGCGUUGAUCAAUGAGCGCCUUGUUGACGAGAAGUUCGAUGUGUGUAUUACUAGUUACGAGAUGAUCCUACGCGAGAAGGCACACUUGAAAAAGUUCGCCUGGGAGUACAUCAUCAUCGAUGAGGCACAUCGUAUCAAGAACGAGGAAUCUUCCUUGGCUCAAGUAAUCCGUCUGUUCAACUCUCGAAACCGCCUACUCAUCACUGGAACCCCUCUUCAAAACAACCUACACGAGUUGUGGGCCUUGCUUAAUUUCUUACUCCCUGAUGUUUUCGGUGAUUCCGACGCCUUUGAUCAGUGGUUCUCUGGGCAAGGGGAAGAUCAAGAUACCGUCGUUCAGCAACUUCAUCGUGUUCUACGACCAUUCCUACUCCGUCGGGUUAAAAGUGAUGUCGAGAAAAGCUUGUUACCGAAGAAGGAAGUCAAUUUGUACAUUGGCAUGUCCGAUAUGCAAGUCAGAUGGUACAAAAAGAUUUUGGAGAAAGAUAUCGAUGCUGUCAAUGGAGCUGGCGGGAAGCGAGAGUCCAAGACAAGACUCCUGAAUAUCGUCAUGCAGCUUCGAAAGUGCUGUAACCAUCCAUAUCUCUUCGAAGGAGCCGAACCUGGACCUCCGUAUACAACUGAUGAGCACCUCAUUCAGAACGCUGGAAAGAUGGUCAUGAUGGACAGGCUUCUGAAGCGACUUAAGAAACAGGGUAGCCGAGUUCUUAUCUUCUCUCAAAUGAGCAGAUUGCUGGAUAUUCUUGAAGAUUACUGUGUGUUCAGAGACUUCAAAUACUGCCGAAUAGAUGGCGGUACUGCCCACGAGGACCGUAUCGCAGCUAUCGAUGAUUACAACAAGCCGGAUUCCGAAAAGUUUAUUUUCCUUUUGACUACCCGUGCUGGCGGUCUCGGUAUCAAUCUGACAAGUGCCGACAUCGUUAUACUCUAUGACAGCGACUGGAACCCCCAGGCUGAUCUGCAAGCUAUGGAUCGAGCUCAUCGAAUUGGUCAGACGAAGCAGGUUGUUGUUUAUAGAUUUGUCACUGAAAAUGCUAUCGAAGAGAAGGUCUUGGAACGUGCUGCUCAGAAGCUUCGUCUCGACCAACUUGUCAUCCAACAAGGCCGCGCACAAAUUGCUGCCAAGGCAGCCGCGAACAAGGAUGAACUGCUAAACAUGAUCCAACAUGGUGCCGAGAAAGUCUUCCAGACGAAGGGACCUACUGGUACUCUUGCAGAAAAGGGUGGUGAGCUCACUGACGAGGAUAUCGAUACAAUCUUAAAGCACGGUGAAAUGCGGACUGCUGAGCUCAAUGCCAGAUACGAGAAGCUUGGUAUUGACGAUUUGCAGAAAUUUACAUCCGAAUCUGCAUACGAGUGGAACGGUCAGGACUUCACGAACAAAAAGAAGGAGAUCGGUAUCAAUUGGAUCAACCCAGCCAAGCGUGAACGAAAAGAGCAGUCAUACUCCAUGGACAAAUACUACAAACAGGCUUUAUCUACGGGUGGGCGUGUUGCGGAUACCAAACCAAAGGCCCCUCGAGCACCAAAGCAGGUUACUGUUCACGACUAUCAAUUCUUUCCAGGAACCCUUCGGGAUCUGCAGGACCGCGAGACCGCUUAUCAUCGCAAGGAGAUCGGCUACAAGGUUCCUCUCCCAGAAGGUCCCGACGAGGACUUGUCUGACCGCGAAGCUGAGCGUGCAUUGGACCAAGAGGAGAUCGACAAUGCCACACCACUCACGGCAGAGGAACAGGAAUUGAAGCAGCGUCUGUCUCAACAGGGGUUUGCAGACUGGAAUCGCAGAGACUUUCAACAGUUUAUCAAUGGUUCUGCCAAGUACGGCCGGAAAGCCUACGAUUUGAUCGCGGAUGAGGUUGACAGCAAGACCCCCGAAGAGAUUAAAGCGUAUGCCAAGGUAUUCUGGGAAAGGUAUACGGAAAUCGCGGAUUACCCCAAGUACAUCAGCUUGAUUGAGACUGGUGAAGAGAAGAUGCGAAAGAUGGAGCAUCAACGAAAAAUGCUGCGGAAGAAAUUGCAGCAGUACCGCGUCCCAUUACAACAAUUGAAGAUCAACUACUCCGUCUCCACCACAAACAAGAAAGUCUACACGGAAGAGGAAGAUCGGUUCCUACUUGUGCUCCUAGACAAAUAUGGUGUUGAUAGUGAAGGCAUCUACGAGCGUAUCCGUGAUGAUAUUCGCGAGAGCCCACUCUUCCGAUUUGACUGGUUCUUCCUCAGCCGAACCCCGAUUGAGAUCAGCAGAAGAUGCACCACCCUCUUGACGACUGUUGCCAGAGAGUUUGAAGAUGCAUCUGCACCUAAGGCAAACGGAGCUACUAAUGGCAAGUCAAAGAGAGAACCAGAUGAUGACGAGAAUGAUGAAGACAGCAUUCUUGGAGUCGCACCUGCGAAGAAGAAAUCGAAGAACAGUGUCAAGAAUAAAGCACUUGACAAUGUAAAAUCUGCGGCAGGAAGCAAAGCCACCUCGACGUCUCCCUCGCGAGCUUCGAGCGUCCAAUCGACAGCUUCGAGUCCUGCGCCAGCAUCAAAGAGCAAGGCCAAGGAGAGCAAGUCUAAAGAGAGCAAGGCCAAAGGCAGGAAGAAAUGA